AUGGCGAAACUACAAAUAGUGUUCUUGCUUGUUCUGCUAACGGUACUGAAGCUAUCGGCCCAGGAAAGUGACAUCACGUUCGGGGUUUUCCGCCAGAAGGAAUACUACUUCAGCAACUCCUUCAAGCUGAAUUGGUUCAAGGCGGUAGAGUACUGUCGUUUGCGAGGAAUGUUCCUGCUGUCGGUAAGGAACCCCGAAGAGCGGGAAGCUGUUAUCGAGUAUCUGACCAGCACGGGUUACCCAAAAACGCAUAGCAGCUUUAUUUUUUGGACAUCUGGAAACGACCUGGGUGAGGAGGGAGAAUUCCACUGGGCAUCGACUGGAGAACGGUUUAACUACCUGAAUUGGAGACAAAACGAACCGAGCGGCAUGAGCGGCGGUGAGGAUUCCAGAAAAGAGGACUGUUGCCACGUAGAGUACUGGUCGGGACAUGGUGCAAACUAUAACUACACAUUCAAUGAUCGAUCAUGUGAUCACAAAUUAUUGUUCCUCUGUGAAACACUUCCGGCAUGA